GGGCACGCGGGACGGUUGAGCCGGCGGCGCGCGCUAUGGCGGCAGGAUGGGGAACCUCGGGACACAGGGACAGCAGUGGGGUCCGCAGUGCGGGAGGCACUGUCCCACCACCACCUGUGGCACCGGCAGCCUGGCAGCGGCCAUACCUGAACAUUUUCAAGCACUUCCGUGUGGAGGAGUGGAAGCGCUCUGCCAGGGAGGGAGAUGUGGCUGCCUUCACGGACACGAGGCUGAAGGGAACUGUGUACCGGAUCCGGGGCUCCAUACCCGGCAGCAGCUAUCUGCAGCUGCCCCGCACUGGGACACAGUCACUGGGGCUGACCGGGCGCUACCUCUACCUGCUCUUCAGGCCUGUGCCUCGUAAGCACUUUGUUGUCCACCUGGAUGUCACCACCGAGGAAAAGCAAGUGGUUCGCAUCUCCUUCUCCAGCCUCUUCAAGGAAUUCAAAUCCACGGCCACCUGGCUGCAGUUCCCCUUCGUCUGCAGAGCUGCUGAGGGCUCGGCCAGGGCUCCCAGGCAUGAGCUGGUGGGAGACGCCCCCACUGAUGUGCGUUGGACCUGCCUCGUGCUCGACCUUUGCUCCAUCCUCUCCCUCUACCUCAACCGCCACUACAGCCACCUCAAGAGCAUCAGGCUCUGCUCCAGCCUGCUGGUGAAAAACCUCUGCACCAGUGACUUGGUGUUUGACCCAGGUGUGACGUUCUCCGAGGCCCGUCAAGCAGAGCUGGCAUGCCACAAGGUAGCACCCAUGCCACGGGAAAUGGCAUUCCCUGUGCCAGAGGGUGAGAAAUGGCACAACCUCUAUGACUACAUCAGAUUCCCACCAGAGGGGUCCAAGCUGCCAAAGGACUCCAUCCAGAAGAGCUGUCCUCGUCCUGUGGCAGGUGGCCAAGCCCCAGAUGAUCCCAUCCAGCAGCAGCCAGUGGUGCUCACCAGUGCAGUCCGUGACCGACUGUCCCUCAUCCAGCAGAUAACCAGUCCCAAAGCUAUGCCACACCACUGUCCUGUCAUUCCAAAGAGCAUCCCUGAGGUUCACCUGACAGCUGUGCCAGCUGGGGACCAGGAGCUAGAGCAGAAUCAGAAGUCACACAAUGUGGGGGACAGUGGCCAGUCUCCAGCAGUCAGCGACGGAGGCAUCCACGUGUAUGCUCACCAGAGGAGCAAACGAGCCACCCGAGCUGUCCGUGCUGCCUCGGAGGAGAGCACAUCCAGGAAGGGCCCUGGACCAGGUGUGCUGCCCAGAAGGAGAGCUGCUGCCUGCAGGAGGCUCUUACCAGAUCCCAUCCUGAAGCUGAGAAUGAUUAUUGGCUUUGGAGGCUGCAGCACCAAGUGGGCACUGUGGGCUCAGAAGAACACUGCAGUGGUCUACCCCUGCCAUGCGGUCAUCGUGACCCUGGAGAUCCGCUCCAGGAAGCAGAGGUUCUUCAUUGGGCAUACGGAUAAGGUGUCAGCACUGGCCUUCAAUGGGAGCAGCACCUUGCUGGCUUCCGCUCAGGCUGGUCCUCGGAGCAUCGUGCGCCUCUGGGACUUCCCAACGGGAAGCUGCCUCUCCAUGUUCAAAACCCACAUCCACUCCCUCUUGUCCUUGAGCUUUUCCUACAGUGGAGCUGUUCUGUGCGGCGUCGGAAAGGAUGGGCAUGGCAAAACGAUGGUGGUGGUGUGGAAUACUGCUCAGGUGACCCGAGGUGGAGAGGUGGCUGUGCUGGCCAAAGCACACACAGAUGUGGACAUCCAGGCCUUGAAGAUUACUCCUUUUGAUGAUACCAGGAUGGUGUCAUGUGGCUGGGACAACAUCAGGCUGUGGCGAGUGCGGAGUGGAGUGCUGCGCUCCUGUCCUGUCGAUGUGGGCGAGUACCGUUCCCUGGAGUUCACUGGCCUGGCCUUCCAAGAGGGACACGCAGCCACGCGGGAACGCGAGGACCACACAUUCUUUGUCUGCAGCAAGAGCGGACACAUCUUGGAGGUGGACUACCAGAAUAUGAGUGUGAGGAGCGCACGGCGGCUGCUGCCCGCGCCGCUCCGGGACUGCCAGCGGCUGGACAAGGCAGGUGCUGGGAUUGCUAUAAACAGCAUUAGCAUCUCCUCACACUUCUGUGCCACGGGUUCAGAAGAUGGCUUCCUGCGGCUGUGGCCACUGGACUUCUCGGGCGUUGUUGCAGAGGCAGAGCACGAGGCUCCAGUGAGCUAUGUGUGUAUCAGCCCGGAUGGCCACAGAAUCUUGUGCACGACGGCUGCUGGGUACCUGGGCUACCUGGAUCUCCAGUCCUGGGACUCCAACACCCUCAUGCGCUCUCAUGAGGACUCUGUUCUGGCUUUCUCCAUGGAGGGAGUUGGGAAGCAGAUGGCAACCGUGUCUCAGGACAGCACCAUCCGGGUUUGGGACCUCAUCUCCAUGCAGCAGCUGUACGACUUCACAGCUGCAGAGGGAGUGCCAUGUGCUGUUGCCUUUCACCCUACCCAGCAGAUGCUGGCCUGUGGCUUUGACAACGGAAUGGUGUGGACCUUCAGCCUGGCCACCUCCAGUCUCCUGGUGGAGCACAAACAGCACUGCACUGUUAUCACUGGGCUGACCUUCUCUCCAGAUGGCAAUUUCAUGUUCAGCUCCUGUUUGCAGGGAAGUCUGGCUCUUUACAGCUGCAUGGCACAGAAGAGCCACGUCUUGCGAGUCCUGGGUAAUGUGGUGGCUCAGGAUGCUGGGAGCGGUCCGGAUGUGCUGGUGGUCAGUGGGGACAGCCAUCUCCUCGCCUUUGUGGGACCCUCCAAGUACAUUGUGACUGUGAUGGAGGCCUGCUCACUGGAUGAGCUGCUGAGGGUGGACAUCAGCAUCCUCAAUUUGAACAGCACAGCCUUGGACUCUGCAGUGGGAGUCUGCUUUGCUCCUGUGCCUCGAGACGAGCUCCUGGUGGCCACUUCUUCCAAUAAAAUCCUUGUGCUUGAUACAAAGAAGGGACGACUGGUGCGAGAGGUGUCUCCCGUGCACAAAGUGUCCUGUUCAUCCUUGGCACUGAGCAAGGACGGCAGGUACCUGCUCACUGCUGGUGACAAAGUCAUCAAGGUGUGGGACUAUCAGAUGCACUCCAAUAUCAACUUCCAGGUGUACAUUGGGCACUCGGAGCCAGUGCGCCAGGUUGCCUUCACCCCAGACCAGCGGCAUGUCAUCAGUGUUGGAGAGGCCGUCUUCCUAUGGGAUUUCCUAGCCCUGCCUGAGGAGAGGUCACCACUGGCUGCGCUUCGUUCCUCUGAGUUUGUUCCACUGCUGGGACCAGAAGGCAGCUCUGAGAAGCUGAAGGAUGCCUCUGAGACGCCUCGGCAGGCAGUGCCUCUUCCAUUGCUGUCCUCACCACCGUGUCUGGAUGUCAGCUCUGUCCACGAAACAGGAUGUCAAAGUAACUUCUUCGAGUCAGACAAAGAGGAGGAAGCAGAUCAGCCAGGCAGCAGCAGGAUGGUGGUGAAUGGAGACAAAGAUGCGUCGAUCCUUGUGGUGGAGCCAGUGAGGAAUGAGGAGCUCAUUGCAGUGAGGCCCAAAGAGAGGCAGGAGAGCUCAAGGUCUCCUGGAACAUUGGCAGGUGAACCCAGAAAGGAGAGCACAAGCCCCAAGCCUCAGUGCUCCGUGCGCCCAGAUUCCUACCGGCAUUUCACUCCUCGCUUCAAGGCAUCAGUGCUCCCCAAGAAUUUCUUACCUCCUCCAGCUGGCAGUGAGGUCUUGAAGCUGAAAGCAGUGAUCGGCUACAAUGGGAAUGGCAGAGGGAAUAUGGUGUGGAACCCAGACACAGGCUUCUUCGCUUACACCUGUGGCUGCAUCAUCGUAGUGGAAGACCUGCACUCGGGAUCACAGAAUCACUGGCUUGGCCAUGCAGAGGAGAUCUCCACACUCACUGUCAGCCAUGAUGCCCAGGUCCUUGCCUCUGCCUCAGGAAAGAGGAAUGGAGACUCCCAUUGUCAGAUCUGCAUCUGGAACGUCCCAGAUGGGCUUUGCACAGCAAGUCUCUUCCACCAUGAGACCCAAGUGCAAGCCAUGGCAUUCUCUCAGGAUGAUCGAUUCCUUGUCACCCUUGGGGACUACAGCGAUCAAACCAUCGCUCUGUGGAACACCUACACUUACGAACUCAUGUGGUCAGCUUGUAUCUCGGAGCCAGUCCAUGACGUGGCUUUUAGUCCUUUUUCACACAGAGAACUGGCCUGCGUGGGGAAGGGAACUGUGAUGUUCUGGCUGUUGGAGCAGCUGGGAGCUGAUGUCCACCUCAAGGUUCAUCGUGCCCCUGCCCCGGAUGUGCUGGGGCCAGUGGAGCUGACCUCUCUCUGUUACGGUGCUGACACUCUUCUUUAUAGUGGGACCAACUCAGGCCAGAUCUGUGUGUGGGACACUGAGACUAAUUGCUGCUUCAUGAUGUGGGAGGCUGACGAGGGCGAGAUCGGUGUGCUGGUGUGUCGGCACAACAGGCUGCUGAGUGGCAGCAACACGAAACGCAUCCGCCUGUGGGCAGUGGCUGCUGUGCAGGAGCUGAGGCUGAAAGGUCCCGAUGCCAGAUCUGACUUGGUUCUGCUAGAACAUGAGAUCACCCUCGAUGGGACGAUAGUCAGUGCAGCCUUUGAUGACUCUCUGGAAAUGGGAAUUGUGGGCACCACGGCAGGAACCCUGUGGUACAUCAACUGGAUGGAGAACACGAGCAUCCGACUGAUCAGCGGCCACAAGAACAAGGUGACUGAAGUGUGCUUCAGUCCUGAUGAGACUCACUGUGCAACGUGUGGGGAGGACGGCAGUGUGAGGAUCUGGUCUCUGGGCAGCAUGGAGCUGGUGGUACAGUUCCAAGUGCUCAACCAGAGCUGCCAGUGCCUGGUCUGGAAGCCUCAUCCUGUCGUAGCAUGGGAAGCUGAGAGCCAGCACGUAGUGGCAGGGUACAGUGAUGGCACCAUCCGUGUGUUCAGCAUUUCCAGGACAGAGAUGGAGCUGAAAAUGCAACCCCAUACCCUAGCACUGACCGCAAUUGCCUACUCCACGGAUGGAGAAAUGAUCUUAUCGGGGGGCAAGGAUGGGCUCGUGGCCAUCAGCAGCCCUCGCACUGGAAUGACCAUCCGCAUCCUUGCUGACCACAAAGGCUCCCCCAUCACUGCUCUGCAGUGCACCAUGAAGCAGUACCAGGACUUUGGGGUGGAAGGAAGCGAGCUCUGGCUGGCCACCAGCUCAGACCGGCGGGUCAGCAUCUGGGCCUCUGACUGGCUGAAGGACAAGUGUGAGCUCCUCGACUGGCUCAGCUUCCCUGCUCCUGCCAGCCCCAAGGGUCUGGCCACUCUUCCACCCAGCCUGGCCGCGUUCUGCCCAUGGGAACACGGCACCCUGGUCUACGUCGGCUUUGGGAGGCAGAAGGAAGCCUUGUUUUACAGUCUGCACAAGAAACAGGUAGUCAUGAAGAUCCCCUUGCCAUACUUUGCCACGUCGCUCAGCCUGUCUCCUGCAGCACGCUUCAUGGCUGUUGGCUUCGGGGCCCAGGUGGGGAAGACAUCCCUGAUCAUGGCCCUGGUGGGAGAGGAGUUCCCGGAAGAGGUGCCACCUCGUGCGGAGGAGAUCACAAUCCCGGCUGAUGUCACCCCGGAGAAGGUCCCCACACACAUAGUGGACUACUCGGAGUUGGAACAGACAGAGGAUGAGCUGCAGGAGGAGAUCUCUAAGGCCAACGUGGUCUGUGUGGUGUACGAUGUCACCAAGGAGGCCACGAUUGAGAAGAUUCGCACAAAGUGGAUCCCCAUGGUGAAUGGAGGAGCUGAAAAGGGUGCCAGGAUCCCCAUUAUUUUGGUGGGAAACAAGUCUGACCUGCAGAUGGGGAGCUCCAUGGAUGUAAUCCUGCCCAUCAUGAACCAGUUCUCAGAGAUUGAGACCUGUGUGGAGUGCUCUGCCAAGAACCUCAAGAACAUUUCUGAGCUCUUCUACUAUGCCCAGAAAGCUGUGCUGCACCCCACUGCCCCCCUCUAUGACCCGGAGGAGAAGCAGCUGAAACCUGCGUGUGCACGAGCACUGACACGGAUUUUCAACCUCUCAGACCAGGAUAACAACCAGAUCCUUAGUGAUGACGAACUCAACUACUUCCAGAAAUCCUGUUUUGGAAACCCACUGGCUCCCCAGGCCCUGGAGGACGUGAAAGUGGUUGUGUGUAAGAACACCACAGACGGAGUGCAGGACAACGGCCUGACCUUGAACGGCUUCCUCUUCCUCAACACGCUCUUCAUUCAGAGGGGCCGGCACGAGACCACGUGGACCAUCCUCCGCCGCUUUGGGUACGACGACGAGCUGGAGCUGACAGAUGACUACCUGUACCCACAGUUCCGGCUGCCCUCCGGCUGCUCCACAGAGCUCAACCACUUGGGCUACCAGUUCCUGCAGCGGCUGUUCGAGAAGCACGACAAGGAUCAGGAUGGAGCCCUCUCCCCCACAGAGCUGCAGAACUUCUUCAGCGUCUUCCCCUGCAUGCCCUGGGGUCCUGAGCUCUACAAUACGGUAUGCACCACUGAUAAAGGCCUGCUUUCCCUGCAUGGAUUCCUCUGCCAGUGGACGCUCAUGGCUUACCUGGACGUGCGGCACUGCCUGGCGUGCCUGGGCUACCUGGGCUACCCCAUCCUCUCGGAGCAGGACUCCCAGACACAGGCCCUCACGGUGACCCGGGAGAAGAGGAUUGACCUGGAGAAAGGCCAGACCCAGAGAAACGUCUUCCUCUGCAAGGUGCUGGGAGCCAGGGGAGCAGGCAAGUCUGCCUUCCUGCAGGCCUUCCUCGGCAGGAGCCUGGUGGCUCAGAGGGAGAACCCAGGAGAGCCAUCCCUGUAUGCCAUCAACACAGUGCAGGUCAACGGCCAGGAGAAGUACCUUAUACUGUAUGAGGUGGGCACCGACACGACAUUCCUGAAGCCAUCAGACACAGCCUGUGACGUCGCCUGCUUCAUCUACGACCUGAGCGAACCCAGAUCCUUCAGCUACUGUGCCAGUAUUUAUAAGCAACACUACAUGGACAGCCAGAUCCCCUGUGUCUUUGUGGCCUCCAAGACAGACCUACCAGAAGCAAGUCACCAGCCCGGCCUCUCCCCCGCUGAGUUCUGCUACAAGCACUGCCUCCCACCACCUUUCCUCUUCUCCUGCCACAGCCAGGGGCCACCCAGCACUGCUGUGUACACCAAGCUGGCCACCGCCGCCACCUUCCCUCACUUGAAUGCCGUGGAGCUGGGAGCUGCAUCCUUCUGGCUACGGGUGGCGCUGGGGGCCGCAGUGACAGCACUGGUGGGGUUCACACUCUAUCGGGUGCUGAGCAAGAACAAGUGAGAGGCCCCUGCAGCCCAUCCUGCUGUGACAUCAGCCUCCCCCUCCCCAGCACUGCCCUGAGGGGCCCUGCCUCAAGCUGGUCCCUGGUAGGAAAUGCUCCUUUUUGCCCAGCCUGGAUUGCAGGACCAGUGAAACCAGAGCUCCCAGCACCAGCAGGAUCGAUCCCCCAGCACUGGCCACCCUGACCCUGCCGUCCUCGCCGCCCCUGCCCAGCUGUCAGGCUGGGGCCAGGCAGCUCCACUGGGGCUCUGCGUCGCUGACACUGGGGGGAUCAGCCUCAUCUUUUAUUCUGUUAAUAUUUUUUAAUGUUUUUAAGCUCAAACGUCAGUGUUUCAGUGGCUGUGGGGCCAGGCACAUCCCUUCCCCAGGGGGCUGGGCUGGUGCACUCAUUCUGGGGGGCAGCACUCCCAGCAGCAGCACAGCUAUCCAUUGGGCUUGUGGCUUCAGCCACUGGGGUCACACCUCUGUCCCCGGUCCCUGUGUCACUCAGCCAGCCCUGGGAAAGGCAGACCUCUGUGUUUCGGGGUUAGGAUGCUGUGGCUGCAGCCCUUCCUGCAAGGGGAGGGAGUGAGCUCCAGGAUCUGUCCCAGGCUCCUGUCUCUUGUUCCAGCACAAACCCACUCUGAGCCCUGCAGUGUGCUAGGCUCCCGUCCCCUUUGCUUUUCAUGAGGGCCUGGCAAGUCACAGGACUCAUCCUGCUGGCCCCGCUGUGGCUGUCCCCAAGCACAAGGCUCUGGGUGUUGCAUCUCCUGGUGCAACUGGAAUCUGUUUUCUCCACUGUCCUCUGCCCUCAACCGUGUUAAUCCUGUCACUUCAGCUCAAUGCAGAUCUGGGGCCGGGAUCCAACAGCAUCCCCUUCUCCAUGUCCCAAAGAGCAAGACCAGCCUGUGCCAGCCCCUGCUCUCUCAGCAUCCCUGGGCUUCAGGCCUCCUGCAAGGAGUCUGGGUCAGCUCCUGCCUGCCUGACCCCAGCUCCUGUGCUGUGAGCACAUUCAGGACAGGUUUUGUUGCCAGCAGCUGCUGGGACAGCACCAAGGUCACUGUCAGAGCUGCUUGUUUGCUGUUUUGUCUGUUGAAACUCCUUGUUGGAGCCUGGAGCCAGCGAGGCAGGUGUCUUCAUCCCACUGCCGGUUGGAGCUGCUCUACCAUCGGGCUCUCGUUGCUGGCCUGGGGUUUCCGUAUCCCUUCUCUGUGUGUGGCUGUUGGCCAGGCCCAUGCCCUGUGCUCUGACCCUGCUCCCAGCACCAGUCUCUGCCCGGCAAAGCCACACUUUUAGGUUUGUUCUCUACAGCAGAAUAAAUUUUUACA